UGGGUUACUCAGUUCCUGCACUGUCACCACAAAACGCUCACAUACAAAUGGGCAUCCGCUAUAGACGCUUCGCGUCACAACGCUGAUGAUAGCAAAAAGUGCUUAUACUAUUUCAAUCUUCUGCAGUCUAAGACUAACAAAUACUCUAUUAAGCCGCGGCACACGUAUAAUAUAGAUAAGAAGGGCCUUGCAAUUAGAUUAGUAAAUAGGAGCAAGAGGGUGUUUAGUAAGGCAACUUAG